AUGUCAAUUGCAUCGACGACCUCCCAACGACCCAAUCCACCGAAACGAUUGGCGGCCAAUGACGGUGAUGCGAGUGUGGCAUUUCCCCCAAAGAAGAGAGAGCGAUACGCCCGUGUAGCAUGUGAUACCUGCAAAGCAAGGAAGGUUAAAUGCAGUGGGAAUGUUCCCUGUGGACGAUGUUCAGAGUUGCAGGUCAACUGCGUAUACACUAACUACAUUUCCCGGAAAGAGGGAAAGUAUGAGAUCCUGUAUCCUCGCAAACUGUUUUUCAUCGUUUUACAGUUUGCCUUCAAAUCUAACAUUCCACACAGAGAUGGAAGUGCUCAAACGGAAGAGCAAAAGUUGGAGAUUUCCAUCGAAACGAUGCAACAAAGCUUGAACUCCAUCUCCAGUCAAAUAAGCAUGCUGUUCGACUACGUCAAGACCCCGAGUGACCGACCUCGUGAUCCCUCGACACAGAGCAUUCAAGGUGACGGUGGCUACCGAAACACAAGACGACCCAGUGGUUCCAAGGACGACUUCAUUCAACGGCAAUCAGCUCGUUCUCAAACCAGCCAUUGUCACAUUCUGAACGUCGUAAGCUCGAAUCUAGAAGCAAAAGGAGUCAUUGCGAAACCCACCCACAACUUUGCCAUUGAAGUCUCUGAGCUCCCAAAUAACUCUGCUGUACCGCUGGGUGAGUUGACCCGAGUGGCGCGCACAAUUCUAGCCAUCGGCUAUGAAGGUGCUCAACAACUUCUCCAGACUUUUGUGGUUGAAGUUUACUACAUGUACCCCUGCGUCUAUUUGGACUCGCUCAAGGCAAAGAUCGAUACACUCUUCGGACGGGUGGUAGCGACGACAAAUAUUGCAGUAUCGGAUACCGAGGCUGUGAAGGUAGAUCUUAUUGACAUUGACAUUAUCAAAGCUGUGCUCGGCAUUGCUUUAUCCUGCCAAGAGCAGGAUAAGACCCCAUUAGGGAAUGACUUACAUAGCCACAUUCUAUGGUCCACUGAGAAUCUCAUGAGGGGAGAUGCCGCCGAAGUCGAAGAUAUCAUGAUGGCCUCCUUGAUGGCAAUUUACUUUAUCCAGCAUAGUCAAACGAUCAAGGCUUGGCGAUUGGCAGGUUUCGCGGCAAGAUCAUGUCUCGAAUAUGGUUUGCACAAAGACAGCGUCCUAGCCAAUCCAGAACUAAAGCGUGUCGAUGACAAAUUUCUUAGCCUAACUGGGCCUCAUCCAUUCUUGGCUGCAAUGGUAAAAAUGAGUCGCAUCACGUCCGACGUCAUCAGUCUUGUGGACGCACCUCUGCAAGAAAGUCAGGAUUUUGACGGUCAGGCGGACUAUCUGGCUUUUUGCGCGGAAAGAAUUGUCGAAUGCAUUGUAGAAGUCGAUCAGAUGAGCGACACAGCGCUGAGUGUUCCUAAAUAUCAAAGGCCAAUGAAAGCGCUUUGUCAGAUACGCGCAAACCACAUCAGGAUGCUUACGCACAUCAAAAGGUUCAGCGCUUCUCAGUUUUCAAAGCCGGGGCCACCACCAACGGGACUACUGGCUUCGAUCGCAAAAGACUCGGUGACCAUCAUCGACGAUAUUUUCAAGACCUGCGAAAUCCCCCGGCUUUGUCGGGCAGGCUUUGAUGAAUUCCUCAUAGAAAUCCUGUCUUGUGUUUUGUUGGUUGUAUCACACAAUCCAAUCGAAUACUGGCUCUCGUUCAAGGAAAUCUUCCACACAGCCAUGGAGCUACUCAGGCACACGUCACAGGGGGUCCGUGAUAUGGACAAAGAGGCACGGAAUAUGCUCGAUAUCGUACACAAGAUUACAGAACAGCUUCGCUCAUCCUUAGGCAAGACUUCGGCUGUGGGUGGUGGAAUCAUAAAUUCAACAGAGGGCGGAGACAUACAGCAAGAUCUGUGUGAACUAGAGAUAUCGUCCUUGGAUUAUUCUAUGUUCCCCGAAUCUUUCCCGGAAUCCUUCCCGUCGAUCGAAGGUAUAGGUUUAUGGGACUCUGAAAUUCGAUGA